AUGAUAGAAACGAACAUAAGCGCAGCCAGCAGCCCGUCGACGAACGGCAGCCACAAGAAACAUCUGAUCCCGCGGUCCAUCUCCGUCAGGCGGCGGCGGAAGUCGCUUAGCAGCGGCCACAGCAGCGGCAACGGCAGCCUCAACGACACCACAAUGUCUCCGCAGUCACGCGGUCGUGAUGUUCGAAGCCGCGAUGCGCCAGACGGGAGCGACGGCGACGAAUCCCUCAGCCAGGCGGACGAGAGAGGAGCCGCAGCAGGGGCGUCUGCCACAGACCUUCCACUGCCAGCGCCCCUUUCCAGCCACCCGUCCCAGAUCGGAUACCUCACGACGUCAUCGCCGCUAGUCCAGGCGGAAUACGUCCACGGAGUCCGGACGCCGACUCAGUCAGAUUACGAGAGGCUCGGGCGAACCUCCACCCUGUCCGCCAAGCCCACCAACUCUGGUGCUUUUGUCCCGACCUCCACCGUCACCAUCCAGACCGGCCUUGCGCCUCCCCCGUCCAAAGUACGAAGAUCCCCGUCGCCCGCUGGCCGUUUCCGCGACGUCUUCAAGUCUCGGAAGAGCUCUAGCACGGCCAACUCCAGUCCGGAGCGGGAGCGACAGCAUCCCGACCACAACCAGCUCGAUCGGAGCAUCAAGAGCCCAGAAACCCGAAACCCGAACAUCUCGGCGGCCCCAUCUCCAGUCGCCCCUCCUCCCGUACAGACACCCAUCCCCGACGCGUCUUCGGCCGAGGGCGCAAAUCACAACGGCGAGCCAUCUGAUGCGUCCAGAGUAAAGGCGGCAGACCGAUUUCGCCGUCUCUCCAAGGGCCAGAAGAUCGAGACCGGCCUGAUUGCGGUGCGGCCAGAGACCCCACCCUCAAGCGAGACGUCUGCCCCUGUCAUCGUCAACACUCCUCCCACACCAACCGAGUCGAUCCACCCAGUGGCUCUCUCUGGCACUCGGCACAGAGCAUCCCCAGGCACGGCCACCCUUCCAUCGAUCGACGCCCCCAAUGCAUCCCCUGCUGCUUCCAUAAGCAGCAGCAGCAUGAUUUCGCAGAGACGAGCACGUGCAGGAUCUCUCGGACCAAGCAAGCUGUCCAACUAUACGCUUGCCCCUAUCUCACCGAACCCCGACUACGGACAGGCCGGCCAGACGACCCCCUCGAGCGGCUUCUUCUCGUCUAUGUUCUCGGUUGCACAGAAUGCUACAAACAGUCUGAGCAACGCCGUCACCAACACCAACAUCUCCAGUCCGUGGAACAGCAACAACAAGAAGCCGGGGACGACCACGUCGGGCAGAGAAUACGACGCCGACGACGGACAGGAAGCCGAGGGUGUCGAGGUAGAGUCUUCUCUCGAUCUCGGUCUAGCACCUUCUCUCACCUCAUCGCAGCCGAAAGAGCCUGCGGUGAAGACGCUUGGUCUUGGAGACCUCAGCCUGAGCCAGCUGGGCAUUAUCGACCAGCCAGAAGAAGAAGAAGAAACAAAGGCAGCAGUGGCCAUACCGCCCGCCGCACACGUGCAAUCCAGGAUGUCGGAAGGCGGGUUUGAGUCGAGACGGCGGUCGGAGUCGGCUCCUGCUGACCCGUCCAUCCUAAACAACCCGUCCGAACAGGAGGAACAUGGCGCCGACGAUGCGGCGUUGCUGGCCGUUCGGCCGUUGUCUGUGUCGGAUGGGACCGGCCACGAAGAUGGCACGCCGCCGACGACCAGCAUAAAUGGCGACAAGGAAAAGGCCUUUGCGCUCCAUCGCUCCGGCAGUGCAAAGAGCGCGCACGGGCGGCGGAGAGGCCGCAACAGCUCGGCUGCGAAGGGCGGUGCGUCGAAUACGAUCGCGGCUGCAGUUGCGGCGGCCAACCUCUCGGGCGUCAACCCAACGGUGCCGGGGAACGCGCCCAAGCUGACGGGCUUCGCGGUGGCCAGCAAGAAGCGGAACCGCGAGUUUCACAACCUGUUCAAGAGCGUGCCCGACGACGACUAUCUCAUCGAGGACUACAGCUGUGCUCUGCAGCGCGAGAUUCUGGCGCACGGGCGCCUUUACGUAUCGGAGGGCUACAUCUGCUUCAGCAGCAACAUUCUCGGCUGGGUGACGACGCUGGUGAUGAGCUUCGACGAGGUGGUGUCGGUGGAGAAGCGGAGCACGGCUCUCGUGUUCAAGAACGGGCUGAUGAUCUCGACGCUGCACGCGAAGCACAUCUUUGCCAGUUUCGCGAGCCGAGACUCGACAUACGACCUGAUUGUCAAGAUCUGGAAGCUCGGCCACCCCAGCCUGCAGAGCUCGCUGAACGGAGUGCACAUUGACGAGACGGGCGGUGACAAGACGGAGAAGAUCGAGGACCGGGGCGAUGUGUCUGUCGAGAGCCGCAGUCUUUCAGCAUCGGAGGACGAGAGCGAAGACGACUCGGACGAGGUGUACGACGAGGAUGCGGAAGACGAGGAUAUGCACGAGACGGCAUACGUGUCGGAUGCAGGCGGCGCAGCGGCCGACACAGGCGCCGAGAAGGCGGUGACGCGCAAGACGUCUGGCACAGCGUCGAACGGAGCGGCGGCCGACAAGCCCAAGGACGCGACGGCACCGGCAGCAGGCGGCGACUUCCCCGGCCCUCUGACGCAUGCGGCGACCGACUGCGGCGACACAGGGUCGCACUACGACAGGAUCCUCGCAGACGAUGUGAUUGGGGCGCCGCUGGGGAAGGUGUUCGGCUACGUGUUUGGAGCGACGUCGGCGACGUGGAUGAUCAAGUGGCUGUCGAACGACCAGAAGUGCCUGGACGUGCAGGUGUCGGACAAGAAGGGCCUGGGCCCGGAUAAUAAGACGCGGACGAUAUCGUACGUCAAGCCGCUGAACGCGCCGAUCGGGCCGAAGCAGACCAAGUGCAUCGUGACAGAGACGGUGGAGGCGAUUGAUUUUGACAAGGCGAUCAACGUGACGUGCGCGACGCAGACGCCAGAUGUGCCGAGCGGCAAUGUGUUUACGGUCAAGACCAAGUACUGCUUCUCGUGGGCAGAGAACAACGCGACGCGGGUGCAGAUCAACUGCACGAUUGAGUGGACGGGGAAGAGCUGGUUGAAAGCACCGAUCGAAAAGGGGGCCAACGACGGCCAGACGCAGUACUCCAAAGACCUGUUUGCGAGCCUGAAGGAGGCGCUCUUGUCGUCGUCACGGUCGCGUGCCGUGGCAGGCGAAGAUGGGCCGGGAGCCAAGGGCCGGAAAAAGGGACGAAAAGGCAAGCCGGCUCCAUUGUCGGGACCGACACGCGAAGUCGAGAGCGUGGCCAAGAAGCCGGAAGUUAAGGCAGACUGGGGGCCAUUGGAGCCGGUACGCGGGUUGGUCGAGCCGCUGAUGGACGUUGUGCAGCCGCUGCUGACGGGCAACGUGAUGUACGGGCUGCUGGUCGGGCUGCUGGUGGCAGCAUGGUUCGGCUUUGGCUUAACGUCACGCCGACAGCCGCCGAUGGGACAGCCGGGACAGCUGGGAUACGGCGGCAGCAGCAGCGAUCUCGGCUACCGGGCAGCCUAUCCGGAGCGUGUGGCCGCGUACGACGAGAUCUGGCAGCGCGAGGAGAGCGAGCUCUGGAGCUGGUUGGAGGAGCGGGUCGGACUCGACCGACGGAUGGACGGUGCCAGCGCCGGUUCGAAGAGGGGGAUGGACGCCCGAGUGGUCCAGGACAAGCUGCACGACGAUCCGAUGGACAGCCGGGACAUUCAGGAGGCUAUCCGCGUGACGGAGGAGAAGCUCCGGGUUCUCCGGUCCGUGGUCGAGCGGCAGGCCGGCGGCAGUGCUUGA